AUGUUAUUGAGCUCUUGGUGUAAUGAAAAACGAAGUGUCAUUGUUCUAUUUUAUGAAUCUGUGUUACUGGGACAUGCGCACGCAAGCGCAAUUCAUGAUGCUAUAAUUGAUGCAUUUGCAAUAGAUGGAAUAAAAUUAAAACAUCUACUUAUGCUUGGACGUGAUAAUCCCAAUGUCAAUAUUUCAUUAGAAAAUCUUAUAGAAGAAGAAAUGAAAAAAGUCGAAUCACAUUUAUUAAAAAUUGGUCGUUGUAACCUUCAUGUAGUUCAUAGCGGAUUUAAAGCAGGGUGGAUGUAUUUUCUUUAG